AAAACGAAAUUCGUGAGUGUUCUUAUCGCAGAUGUACUUUUCACACGAACAAUCGCAAAGAAUAUAGAGAACACAGGAAAACGCACGGCAAACCGUUUAUUUACGAAUGCAAAGAACCGAAUUGUGGAAAAAAAUACAAUUAUAGUGGAUCAUUAGCCAAUCACAGGAAAAGAAAACAUCAUCUAAAUAUCAGUGCGGAAACUGUAUAA